UAUUCUGUAUGUGGCAUGGCAGGAAGAGCUGCUGCUCCAGAAAUUGGUUCUAUUUAUCCGAUGGAAAAUAUUCAAACACAUGGACCAUACUCUGCCUCACAGCGAGACUUGGAAUUCAGGCCAUUUGUGCAUUCUUCAUCCAGUCUUAUAUUUGAGGGUCCAAAUCAGCAUGCUCCUCUUUCAUGCCAAUCUUAUGAUUUUUCCUCACAAUUUCCAGCUUGUGGGAGGUUUUAUCCAGCAGCAGAAACUGCUUUCCAGAUUUAUUCUGAUCGCUCCAACUUGCACACUUCGCAUAAAGUUGUGAGUGGUACACUUGAUCACACUGGUGCCACUGGAAGAGGACCACUGAAAAGAAGAAGGCAUGAAACGUAUAUGGCCUGUGAGAGAGGCAGCACAAGCAGACACUAUUAUGGUGCAGGAAGUUCCUCUAACCGUUUUGAGUUUCAGCCUGAGCAACCAAGUUCAAGUUAUCAAAAUUAUCCUUUCAGUUCCAUGGGCUUACCUCAAGAUAGGGGUCUCAGCCUCUCAAUUCACAAUGACGACCCUUGCAGGAAUGUGAGAAGGCGAUAUGGACCUGAUUUGGAAGUCGAUCCAAGGAGAACAUACCAAUCAGAAUGUUUUUAUCAUCAUUAUUAUUCAAGACCUCUUUAUUAUUCAAAUGCAGAUGCAACUGCCUACAAUCAGAACCAUUUUGCUGCAUUUUCUGCUGCACAUGGAAGUUUUCAAACUUUGGGAAGCUCUGCCGUCAGACCUUGGAUCAAUCAUAAUUCUGCCAGAGGAAUUGCUGGGUACAGCCAUGAUUCCAAUUCAAACAGAAAUCCGCUUUUUCCCCCAAGUCAACUUCUUGGUCUCCAUGCCCAGGCUGUAAGGCAGGACUGCAAUAGUUACCCACAAACUAUUCCUUCAUAUGGAACUGGUCUAAGUACCGCUCAUUGGGGACAAGGAACAGCUCCCUCAGAAAAUGGUCUGCAGUAUCUCCUGGAAUCUUAUUCUUCUCAUUGUGCACCAUUUUCUGCUGGAGGCCGGCAUAGUAAUCACUGGGACAUACGGUCAAGGGUAGCUUUGGAGAGUGUUCAACCUUUGCCAAAUGCAGCACAUGCACAUCACCAAGUGGGGUCUGAGAACCAAAUAAUGGUGAAUUACUCAUCCUUAUAUACUACGAGAAAUAUGUUUGACCAGUAUAGGGACAUGAGGCUAGACAUAGACAACAUGAGUUACGAGGAACUACUAGCUCUCGGAGAAAGGAUAGGGAAUGUGAGCACUGGAUUGUCCAAAUAUGGAAUUUCAAAGUGCUUAGCAAAGACAUCAUACUCUAAUCUGGAUGAAAACAAAAAGGAAGGAACCUGUGCCAUCUGCCUGGAAGACUACAAUGACAAUUAUGAGAUCGGAACAGUGAAGAACUGUCUUCAUGAUUACCAUGUAGAAUGCAUCGAGAAAUGGCUGUCAAUGAAGAACGCCUGCCCUAUUUGCCAGGUGCCUGUACUUGCACACAUAGUUUGAUAGACACUUCUACUUUUCGUUCUUGUAAAUUCUUUAUGGAGAAAAUCUGGUGGUGUUUAAAAGAAAAGUUGGGUUGGGAAAAUUUAUCAAGCUUUUAAACU